GAUCAAUAAUAUACUCGUGCCUUUAAUUAUUGCCAGCGUAGUAUACGAUCUUUCGCCGUUCGCUGUUUGCAGCACAAUCUGAAACAGUUUCGAAGUGGCCUACAUGUGAGUAUUAUAUGGCUGAACAAACCUAAACGAAACGAAAUGAAUUUUCCUACUUAUCACCCAAGACAUUGUCGUCUUGUUUGGUGCCUCGCUCUUUUUGUUGUCUGCGUGGCUCAGAGCGGAGCUGGCUCUGAUCUCCCUACCGUGAAAUCUUCGAAUUUCACGGCUUCACAGUUCAACAGCACCGUCAAAUAUCGAGUGAUUCGGUCAAGCCAACGAGCCUCCUACCUGAGGUGUGCCGCGGCCUGCCUCAAGGAAGAAGACUGCAAAUACUUCGGUUAUACUAAAGAUACCAGACGCUGUGAAUUGAGCAAUGACUCGAUCGUGUCAGUCAACAAAGAGAAGUUGAAAUACUUCAAAAGAAAUGGAGACUGUCCUUGCUCCGUGGAGGGACCUCUUGGGAUGGAAGAUGGUCGCAUCCCGGAUGAAAGCAUCACAGCUUCGUCUGUUUGGAAAAACCGCACUAAUCAUGGCCCACUCAAGGCCAGACUUUAUACUCAAGAAUAUGCUGCAGCCUGGUGCUAUGGCGGAUAUGAAGACAGUCCAUGGAUACAGGUUGACUUCAGUGGUACAGUCACCAUCACUGGUUUGAUCACCCAGGGGCGCGGAGACUCCGAAUACGACCAACGGGUGACGGAGUACCAAGUAACGUACAGCGAUGACGCUCAGUCCUGGGAUCACGUGACUGAUGCGUUUGGCACACAAAUAAAGUUCGCUGGUAACUCGGACAGGAACACGUUGGUAACCGCUCGGUUCCCAUUGGCAUUGCGCACCAGAAUCCUGCGCAUUCACCCCACUGCAUGGAACAAGCAUUGCAGCAUGAGGUUUGAAGUGAUUGGCUGCCUACAUGUGAGUAUUAUAUGGCUGAACAAACCUAAACGAAACGAAAUGAAUUUUCCUAUUUAUCACCCAAGACAUUGUCGUCUUGUUUGGUGCCUCGUGGUUUUUUUUGUCUGCGUGGUUCAGAGCGGAGCUGGCUGUAAUCUUCCUACCGUGAAAUCUUCGGAUUUCACGGCUGCUUCACAGUUCAACAGCACCGUCAAAUAUCGAGUGAUUCGGUCAAGCCAACGAGCCUCCUACUUAAGGUGUGCCGCGGCCUGCCUCAAGGAAGAAUACUGCGAAUACUUCAGUUAUACCAAAGAUACCAGACGGUGUGAAUUGAGCGAUGACUCGAUCGUGUCAGUCAACGAAGAGAAGUUGAAAUACUUUAAAAGAAAUGGUGACUCUCCUUGCUUUGUGGAGGGACCUCUUGGGAUGGAAGAUGGUCGCAUCCCGGAUGAAAGCAUCACAGCUUCGUCAUUCUAUAGAAACCUUCCUACUCAUGCCCCACCCAGGGCCAGGCUUUAUACUCAAGGAUUAGCAGCAGCCUGGUGCUAUGACGGAUCUGAAGACAGUCCAUGGAUACGGGUUGACUUCAAUGGUACAGUCACCAUCACUGGUUUGAUCACCCAGGGGCGCGGAGACUCCGGACACAACCAAUGGGUGACGGAGUACCGAGUGUCGUACAGCGAUGACGCUCAGUCCUGGGAUCAAGUGACUGAUGCGUUUGGCACACAAAUAAAGUUCGCUGGUAACUCGGACAGGAGCACGUUGGUAACCGCUCGGUUCCCAUUGGCAUUGCGCACAAGAAUCCUGCGCAUUCACCCCACUGCAUGGAACAACCAUUGCAGCAUGAGGUUUGAAGUGAUUGGCUGCCAGUUUCGAAGUAGGCGACAUGUGAGAAUUAUAUGGCUGAACAAACCUAAACGAAACGAAAUGAGUUUUCCUAUUUAUCACCCAAGACAUUGUCGUCUUGUUUGGUGCCUCGCUCUUUUUGUUGUCUACAUGGUUCAGAGCGGAGCUGGCUCUGAUCUCCCUACCGUGAAAUCUUCGGAUUUCACGGCUUCACAGUUCAACAGCCCCGUCAAAUAUCGAGUGAUUCGGUCAAGCCAACGAGCCUCCUACCUAAGGUGUGCCGCGGCCUGCCUCAAGGAAGAAGACUGCAAAUACUUCGGUUAUACCAAAGAUACCAGACGGUGUGAAUUGAGCGAUGACUCGAUCGUGUCAGUCAACGAAGAGAAGUUGAAAUACUUCAAAAGAAAUGGUGACUCUCCUUGCUCCGUGGAGGGACCCCUUGGGAUGGAAGAUGGUCGCAUCUCGGAUGAAAGCAUCACAGCUUCGUCAUUCUAUGAAAACCGCCCUACUCACGCCCCACCCAGGGCCAGGCUUUAUACUCAAGGAUUAGCUGCAGCCUGGUGUUAUGAUAGAUCUGAAGCCAGUCCAUCGAUUCAGGUUGACUUCAAUGGUACAGUCACCAUCACUGGUUUGAUCACCCAGGGGCGCGGAGAUUACAACACAUGGGUGACAGAGCACCAAGUGUCGUACAGCGAUGACGCUCAGUCCUGGGAUCAAGUGACUGAUGCGUUUGGCACACCAGUAAAGAUUUUUCCUAUUUAUCACCCAAGACAUUGUCGUCUUGUUUGGUGCCUCGUUCUUUUUGUUGUCUGCGUGGUUCAGAGCGGAGCUGGCUCUAAUCUCCCUACCGUGAAAUCUUCGGAUUUCACGGCUGCUUCACAGUUCAACAGCACCGACAAAUAUCGAGUGAUUCGGUCAAGCCAACGAGCCUCCUACUUAAGGUGUGCCGCGGCCUGUCUCAAGGAAGAAUACUGCGAAUACUUCAGUUAUACCAAAGAUACCAGACGGUGUGAAUUGAGCGAUGACUCGAUCGUGUCAGUCAACGAAGAGAAGUUGAAAUACUUCAAAAGAAAUGGUGACUCUCCUUGCUUUGUGGAGGGACCUCUUGGGAUGGAAGAUGGUCGCAUCCCGGAUGAAAGCAUCACAGCUUCGUCAUUCUAUAGAAACCUCCCUACUUAUGCCCCACCCAGGACCAGGCUUUAUACUCAAGGAUCAGCUGCAGCCUGGUGCUAUGACGGAUCUGAAGACAGUCCAUGGAUACAGGUUGACUUCAAUGGUACAGUCACCAUCACUGGUUUGAUCACCCAGGGGCGUGGUGACCGAUACACAACCAAUGGUGACAAUGCGCAUGCCGGAGCACGUUAUGCGUGCGAGAAAGCUAUUAGCAGCGCAGCUUUUGUCAUUGCGCUACAUGUGAGUAUUAUAUGGCUGAAAAAACCUAAACGAAACGAAAUGAAUUUUCCUUUUUGUCAACCAAGACAUUGUCGUCUUGUUUGGUGCCUCGUUCUUUUUGUUGUCUGCGUGGUUCAGAGCGGAGCUGGCUCUGAUCUCCCUACCGUGAAAUCUUCGAAUUUCACGGCUUCACAGUUCAACAGCACCGUCAAAUAUCGAGUGAUUCGGUCAAGCCAACGUGCCUCCUACCUAAGGUGUGCCGCGGCCUGCCUCAAGGAAGAAGACUGCAAAUACUUCGGUUAUACCAAAGAUACCAGACGGUGUGAAUUGAACGAUGACUCGAUCGUUUCAGUCAACGAAGAGAAGUUGAAAUACUUCAAAAGAAAUGGUGACUCUCCUUGCUUUGUGGAGGGACCUCUUGGGAUGGAAGAUGGUCGCAUCCUGGAUGAAAGCAUCACAGCUUCGUCAUUCUAUAGAAACCGCCCUACUUAUGCCCCACCCAGGGCCAGGCUUUAUACUCAAGGAUUCGCUGCAGCCUGGUGCUAUGACGAAUCUGAAGACAGUCCAUGGAUACAGGUUGACUUCAAUGGUACAGUCACCAUCACUGGUUUGAUCACCCAGGGGCGUGGUGACCAUUACAACCAAUGGGUGACAGAGUACCAAGUGUCGUACAGUGAUGACGCUCAGUCCUGGGAUCACGUGACUGAUGCGUUUGGCACCCAAAUAAAGUUCGCUGGUAACUCGGACAGGAGCACGUUGGUAACCGCUCGGUUCCCAUUGGCAUUGCGCACCAGAAUCCUGCGCAUUCACCCCACUGCAUGGCACAACCAUUGCAGCAUGAGGUUUGAAGUGAUUGGCUGCAGCGGAGCUGGCUCUAAUCUCCCUACCGUGAAAUCUUCGGAUUUCACGGCUGUUUCACAGUUUAACAGCACCGUCAAAUAUCGAGUGAUUCGGUCAAGCCAACGAGCCUCCUACUUAAGGUGUGCCGCGGCCUGCCUCAAGGAAGAAGACUGCAGCUACUUUAGUUAUACCAAAGACACCAGACGCUGUGAAUUGAGCGAUGACUCGAUCGUGUCAGUCAACAAAGAGAAGUUGAAAUACUUCAAAAGAAAUGGAGACUGUCCUUGCUCCGUGGAGGGACCUCUUGGGAUGGAAGAUGGUCGCAUCCCGGAUGAAAGCAUCACAGCUUCGUCUGUUUGGAAAAACCAAGCUGAUCAUGGCCCACUCAAGGCCAGACUUUAUACUCGAGAAUAUGCUGCAGCCUGGUGCUAUGGCGGAUAUGAAGACAGUCCAUGGAUACAGGUUGACUUCAAUGGUACUGCCACCAUCACUGGUUUGAUCACCCAGGGGCGCGGAGACUCCGAAUACGACCAACGGGUGACGGAGUACCAAGUGUCGUACAGCGAUGACGCUCAGUCCUGGGAUCACGUGACUGAUGCGUUUGGCAGACAAAUAAAGAGCGGAGCUGGCUCUAAUCUCCCUACCGUGAAAUCUUCGGAUUUCACGGCUGUUUCACAGUUCAACAGCACCGUCAAAUAUCGAGUGAUUCGGUCAAGCCAACGAGCCUCCUACUUAAGGUGUGCCGCGGCCUGCCUCAAGGAAGAAUACUGCGAAUACUUCAGUUAUACCAAAGAUACCAGACGGUGUGAAUUGAGCGAUGACUCGAUCGUUUCAGUCAACGAAGAGAAGUUGAAAUACUUCAAAAGAAAUGGUGACUCUCCUUGCUCCGUGGAGGGACCUCUUGGGAUGGAAGAUGGUCGCAUUCCGGAUGAAAGCAUCACAGCUUCGUCAUUCUACAGAAACCUCCCUACUCAUGCCCCACCCAGGGCCAGGCUUCAUACUCAAGGUCCGUGUUUACUGUAUUCAACCACGUGGUUCGUUAUCCACCUCUUGGCAGCUAUUUGUUCUUGCGGAUCGCUUCUAGAAGCGCUUGCAGGUGUUUCCUCGGGCAGUCUCAGGAGAUGGCCUGUCUACCUAAGACGUCUCCUGCUGCAGCCCUGGUGUGAUGAUGGAUCUGAAGACAGUCCAUGGAUACAGGUUGACUUCAAUGGUACAGUCACCAUCACUGGUUUGAUCACCCAGGGGCGUGGUGAUCGAUACAACCAAUGGGUGACAGAGCACCAAGUGUCGUACAGUGAUGACGCUCAGUCCUGGGAUCAAGUGACUGAUGCGUUUGGCACACAAAUAAAUUACAAUACGCCUGGUGAGAUUGAUGUUGCAUAA